AUGGUAAUUGGAAAAAAUAUUGCGUAUCAAACAAAUUUACCAGAACCACUUAAGAAGAGAAUGAAAUUUAUUCAAUCUAUACCCGAAGAGGGUGAUGAAAGAAUAAUCGAUGAUAUGACGGAAAAAGAAACAAAUAGUAACGAUUAUGAAAAUCCAGCACGCACCAUGAUGUAA